AUGUCUGAGGGCCGCGUCCUUGGCGAGAUACUCGAGACGCUGCAGCGUCUUGAGACAAGAAUCGAUGGCCAAAAGGGUCGGCUCGACGCCAUUGAGUUGUCCAUCCGUUCGGGGGGUGCCUCCUCGAUAGCCACGAACAAUUCCAUUCUGAACUCGGAUCGCGACUCGACUGCGCCCGAGAAGCUCCACGAGUGCCCGAGUCCCAUCACACCGCCAUCCGCAGAACAGCCUACGUGUCCGGCCUCUGUUUACAGAGAAUCCAUUGCCGAGAUGCGCAAGCGCUUCGAAUUUGUCGACACCAGCCGCUCCGAUGUUAAUCCCCGACGGGCAACCAGCCCCAACGGUCUGCAAUGGGACCAGACGCGCCUGACACCAAGUCCGAACCAAGACGAGGGAUCCGAAGACGAAGCGGUAUACACCGAGUCUGCUUAUUCGAGGCCUCUCUCGCGUCUGGAUCCGGGCGAUGGGGCCGAGGCACCACCUCUCCCAACCAACAUUUGGUUUCAGAGAGACUUCCGAGGGGGGCCGCCAAGCUAUGGAGGAGAGCGGCAUCAUGAACCUGUCGCUGAAGCCCGGGACAUGCAGACCUCACACUCAGCCCCUGCGCACACGGAAGACGAGAUCUGGACAGUCCGCUACGAAGAUGUCCACCUCAACCAUAGGCAAGCCCCGGAGGAGAUGCCCCAGACGGCUAGGGCCGGAACUGAGACCUUGCGGCGGCAUGAGCACAUCGAGAUGAUGUACCUUGCCUGGGACAACUUCAGGGCGUCUCUUUGCUCCUCCUCGUGGCGCUUCUCAUCUAACCAGAGGGCGGCUCGUAAUGAGAGACGGCGGCUGAGCGAACUCUCCGCAACCGCGUCGAGGCCACGACAGGGGCCGGGAGGAGGAGUGCUGAAGUGGUGCAGCUUGGCAAUUCAAGUCAUUCGUCGGACGGAAACACAGGGAUUGGGCAAAAUGGGCAUGGUAACGGUCGCUUAAGUGUGAUUCUCUCUCUCUUGUUUAUACGCUGUGUGGUUCUCAUUUUCGCGCGUUUCGUAGCAGUUGUUCAAUUGCUAUUAACUACCUACGUAC